UGUCACAGGGUCACAGGGUCACAGCCCCGAGCCACUGCAUUUGCAGCGCAGUCUCGACUCUCACCCACGUUUCUCCUCCAAAAUCACUAUAGCCGUUAUAAAUCUGGAGCGGUCGCGGCUCACGUGAUUUGCCUUACUGACUUUGGGAAUUUAUUACUGGAGAAAUCAUUCCCCUGGGAGAGGCGGUCUCCGCUGUGAAGGUCCUCUCCAGGCACUGGUAGAAGAUGAUAUCGAACAUAGCAGAGGACGAGGAUAAAUGGCUUGCCGAAGGGAUCGCUGGGAUUCAACACAACGCCUUUUAUAUGCAUCGUUCUGUGGACUCCAACAAUCUCAGAGAAGUCCUCAAGUACUCCGCUCAGAUGCUGUCGGAGCUUCGGACUUCUAGACUCUCUCCUCACAAAUACUACGAACUCUAUAUGCGAGCUUUUGAUGAAUUGAGGAAGCUGGAGAUAUUCUUUAAGGACGAAAGCAGGCAUGGUUGUUCUAUCAUUGAUCUGUAUGAGCUAGUUCAGCAUGCCGGAAACAUAUUGCCUAGACUGUAUCUCUUAUGUACGGUAGGAUCUGUAUAUAUCAAAUCAAAGGAGGCUCCUCCUAAGGAUGUCCUUAAAGAUCUUGUGGAAAUGUGCCGUGGUAUUCAACAUCCUAUACGUGGACUUUUCUUAAGAAGUUACCUUUCUCAAGUCAGUAGAGAUAAAUUACCUGACAUUGGCUCUGACUAUGAAGGAGAUGCUGACACUGUCAUGGAUGCUGUAGAAUUUGUACUACAGAACUUCACAGAGAUGAAUAAACUUUGGGUUCGCAUGCAGCAUCAGGGACCUGGCCGGGCAAAAGAGAAACAGGAAAAGGAAAGAAGUGAACUUCGGGAUCUUGUUGGGAAGAAUCUACAUGUUCUCAGUCAGAUUGAGGGUAUUGACCUUGAAAUGUAUAAAGAUACUGUUCUUCCCAGGGUCUUAGAGCAGGUGGUCAACUGUAAAGAUGAGCUUGCACAAUAUUAUUUGAUGGAUUGCAUAAUUCAGGUAUUUCCUGAUGAGUACCACUUGCAGACGCUUGAGACGUUGUUAGGUGCUUGCCCCCAACUUCAGCCUACUGUUGACAUCAAGACAGUGUUGUCUCAACUAAUGGAGAGAUUAUCAAACUAUGCAGCUUCAAGUGCAGAAGUAUUACCUGAUUUCCUGCAAGUAGAAGCUUUUGCUAAAUUGAGCAGUGCCAUUGGGAAGGUGAUAGAAGCACAGGUUGACAUGCCCGUUGUUGGAGCAAUAACUUUAUAUGUCUCUCUUCUUACAUUUACUCUUCGUGUUCAUCCUGAUCGGCUUGAUUAUGUGGAUCAAGUACUGGGAGCAUGUGUUAAGAAACUCUCUGGCAAGCCAAAGCUUGAAGAUAGUAAGGCAACAAAACAAAUUGUUGCACUUUUGAGCGCCCCAUUGGAGAAGUACAAUGAUAUUGUCACAGCCCUGACACUUUCUAAUUAUCCCCGUGUUAUGGACCAUCUCGAUAAUGGAACAAAUAAAAUCAUGGCAAUGGUUAUUAUUCAAAGCAUUAUGAAAAACAGUACUUGUAUUUCUACUGCUGACAAGGUUGAAGCCUUAUUUGAAUUAAUAAAAGGACUGAUUAAGGAUUUGGAUGGAUUUCCUGUGGACGAGCUUGAUGAGGAGGAUUUCAAGGAUGAACAAAAUUCUGUUGCUCGUCUCAUACACAUGUUCUACAAUGAUGACCCUGAAGAAAUGUUGAAGAUUAUAUGCACUGUGAAGAAGCAUAUUAUGACUGGAGGGUUGAGGCGCCUACCUUUUACUGUUCCUCCUCUUAUUUUUUCUGCUCUCAGAUUGGUCAGGCGAUUGCAAGGUCAGGAAGGUGAUGUUGUUGGUGAAGAAGAGCCUGCAACUCCCAAAAAAAUUUUUCAACUUUUAAAUCAGACUAUUGAGGCUCUUUCAUCUGUUCCUUCACCUGAACUGGCAUUAAGGUUGUACCUGCAAUGUGCUGAGGCUGCUAAUGACUGUGAUCUUGAGCCUGUUGCUUAUGAAUUUUUCACUCAGGCAUUCAUAUUGUAUGAAGAAGAAAUUGCGGAUUCCAAAGCUCAAGUGACUGCAAUUCAUCUAAUAAUUGGGACUCUGCAGAGGAUGAAUGUUUUUGGUGUUGAGAAUAGGGAUACAUUAACGCACAAAGCCACCGGGUAUUCAGCAAAGCUUUUAAAGAAACCUGAUCAAUGCAGAGCAGUUUAUGCAUGUUCCCAUCUUUUUUGGGUUGACGAUCAAGAUGGCAUUAAGGAUGGAGAAAGGGUCAUGCUUUGCCUAAAGCGUGCAUUAAGGAUUGCCAAUGCUGCUCAACAAAUGGCCACCGUUGCACGGGGUAGCAGUGGACCGGUCAUACUCUUUGUGGAGAUACUGAACAAGUACAUUUAUUUUUUUGAGAAGGGGAACUCACAGGUCACAAGUUCAGCAAUCCAGGGUUUGAUAGAAUUAAUUACAAGUGAGAUGCAAAGCGAGUCCACUACCCCAGAUCCACCUUCAGAUGCUUUCUUUGCCAGCACAAUGCGGUACAUUCAGUUCCAGAAACAGAAAGGUGGUGCGAUGGGUGAGAAAUAUGAUUCUAUCAAAGCGUGAAAGAUGGACCCAGGAAGAUAAGGGCCAUAAAAGAAAAUUGUUGUUUGAAUUCGUUUUGGGGUUGGAAAAAUGGUGGUAUGGGUGUUGAGAACUGAUCUCCUCGCCCUAAGGAAAUGAGAGCUGUGUUUUCAAGGUACACAAAAUAGUUUUCUUCAUGAUAUCUUAUGUAAACAUUCAUGUAUUUAUUAAAAGUAGUUGGUUGAGUGUCCAAGCCAUUAUUUUGUAUGAAAUAUCUAAUUUUAUUUUAUUUAUUUGUUUAUUUGCUUUG